AUGAACCUUCGAUCCUUUGCUCGGGGCUUCUUUGAGUGCGUCCUCGGCGGGAGAGUGGAGUGGCGACCGCUGCCGUGCUUCAUCGAGGCAGCGGUGUUCGGGAGCCUCGUCGCCCAGCUCCCUUCGGCGUCGUCUGCUAUGCUCCAGACGCUCUAUAGGGAGGAUUGCAAUGCCACGCGGGGAUCGGUCUUUCGGCUGCAGGCGGGAGCGCCUCUGCAAACGAUGCCCUCGAGCGAGAGAGAAAACUUGCAGCUGGAAUUGCGUCACUUGGCGGCGGGGAGCAAUGAUUCGAGGCUUCAACGGCUCUUUAUGUGCUCCGUUGCUGAGGGGUUCCUUCGAGAAGCUAUCGAGCUGGGAGAGAACGCAGAAGAGCGGAUACUGGUGAUCCAGCGACAGAUCGACGACUUCUGCCCGGACGACGACGGCGCCGAGGACUACUCCAUCGAGCGGGACUCUCACCCCCUUUCAUCCGGCGCGGCACUGAAGAGCCUGAAGACCGUGGUGACCGCCUCGAUCCCGAAGGCCAACUGGUCGACGGUGCGGUUCACGUGGAGGAGCGGGGGGCUGGACCCGGAUCUCCUGGACCACGACGCCUACCUCCAGAGGUUCCAGCAGGCGGCCAUUUCCAAGAUGAAGGCGGUGUCGCCGUUCGAGGAGCCGCCUCGGUCCGUGCAGUUUCAUGCGAGGGAGGGGUACGCCCUGAGUCCGAGGUCCUUGACGUGUCCUUUGCACGUGGCCACCUUGGAGACCAUCAAGGCCGGUCUGUCGCGGAAUUUCCCGCUGCUGGUGCUCGGGGGAAGCCGAGAGGAGAAGUUCGCGAUUCUCACGUCGCUCGUCGGGGAAUUCCCUCGAGGGAAAUUCGUGAUUCGUCACGUGGGGGUCACCGUGACGUCGUCGUACCUUUCCACGCUGCUUCUGUCGGUGUACGAGGAGAUCCGGGAGAUGUGUCACGUGGAUCUUCCACAGGAUUUUCAGUGCGAGGAGAACUGGCUCACGUCGGCCUUGCAGGAUCUUUUGAACGGAUUCCCGUCCGAGGAAUGUCUGUUCCUCGUGAUUUGUGGCGUGGACGAGUUGGAGGGGGCGCCAAAUUUCGACUGGCUUCCUCUCAAGCUGCCGGAGAACGUGAAAGUGGUCUGUUCCGUGAACGCGGCGGACGCGGAUUUCGAUCCGGACUUGUACACCGUGAUCGUGAUGUGCGACCCGCCGACGUCGGGAAUCGCGAGCCAGGUGGAGAAGCGGCUCGCCGCCAGAGGGCGGAGGAUCGCGGAGAAGCAGCGGCAGGGAUUGGAGAAGUGCGUGGCCGCGUCUCGGUUGCGGCCGAGUCCGGAGAAUCUGGACGUGCUGGAGGCGUCGCUGGGCCGGCUCGCGUCCUUCGACGACUUCGACGACGAGAACUUCCCGGAUCUGGUCCGGCGAGAACUGUCGGAGUUGGACGGGAUCUUCGACAAGGAGGUGAUGCGGCACGUGGCCAUGUUCCUCGGGGCGUCGCGGUACGGACUCACGGAGUCCGAACUGGUCGCUGCCAUCUCGUCCGGCGACGGGCUUCAGCUCGAUGUCACCGACGUCACCUGGCUCCUGGCUCGACUCAAAACUUGUGGCCUGGUGGGGGAGCGCAGCGUGAGCGGCCUGCCCUGCCUGACGUGGAAGACGCGAGAGCUGUGGGAGACGGCGAAGGGGCACUACGAGGUGGGGGAGGAGGGGAGCCGACUGGCGCACAGCUCCCUCGCGUGUCUGUUUCUCUUGAAGUUCCUCACGGAAGAGGACGACGCGUCGCCUCCGAGGCCCAGCGCUAAAGGUGGGCGCCGCUUGGAGACGGUUUCGGUGUCGCAGGGGCAGCGGAAGCAUCGAUGCGACCCGAGGCACAUCGACGAGCUCUGGAGGCAUCUCCUUCAAUCACGGGACCUCACCUACUGCAAGCAGCUGGCGACCACGAACCUGGAGUUCCUUCAGGAAUGCUUGAAGACGCUGAGCAUCGGGUACGUGAUCCAGGUGUUGGAGGGCCUGCGACGGGAGAUGCUGGACUGGGAACUGGAGGGAAUCCUCUGGACGCUGAGCAGGGCCAGGUUCGUCCUGAGCAGGGAGACGUCGCAACUGGCGCCGGCUCUCAUCGCGGCGCUCAGGCUCGUGGCG